CGCUUUUGAGAACGAACAAGCUGGCCUUGUGGCCGAAUGCAAAGUUAAAUUUGAAGCUGAACUUGCGUGUAGCGCCCUGAAGAUUUGGUUAAGCAAAUUCGAAAUUCAACGUAUGCAGAAUGGAUUUGAAACGUGCCAAAAAUGCCAAAAAAGAAUUGGAAGAAAAGGAUGCUAAGGCCUCGGACACUGUUUGGACACCAAUACGCGCACUCCGAGAAGAUUGGAAGACUACUAGCGAGUCGAAGAACUCGCAAAAAGAGCAACAUGAUCGGAUUGUAGAAUUCAUAAGCCAUCAAAGGGAGCUGGGAGCUGGCGACUCUGACGCCGACGAUGAACAGGAUCAAAAUGCAGACGCAAAUAAAGAGGAGGAGCGCAUAAAUGCUGAGAAAGAAGCCCAACGACAGCAGCUAAUCGCAGACGGUAUCAAAGAGCAACAGCGCGUGCGCCAAGCGAAAUGGGAAAAGGAUAUGCAAAACGAACUGCACUUGCUCAACGAUCUCAAGCGCGAGCAGGUGUACGAUCAUAAGCUUAAGAAUCCCAUACCCAUCACGGAAUGCCAUACGAGCAUGCAUACAUGCGAUGAAUCGCUCGCGACCAUGUCGGAUCUCAAUAAGCUGGUGGCCCAGAGAGUACCGAAAAUCUUUUUGGAUGAGCUGCUCACCGAGCCGCUGCUCAGCUGGGAGUCGAACAUGUUGCCCAAGAAACCAGACCUGGUCGAAGAGCUGUGCCAUCUAUUUCGCCAGAAUAUUGGACCCACGCUGGCCGUUGUGGUCGAGGGCAAACAAUUCUAUUGCCAUUCCAUGCUGUUGGGCCUAACGUCCGCCUUCUUUAACGAUCGCAACUUUUCGCAGGUGCUGUAUCUGCCCGCAUCCAAGAUAGCGUCGCGCAGUUUUGUUAACAUCUAUCGCUGGUUGCUGGAGCCCAUUAAUUCGAUAACGCUCACCCAGCUGAUCGAGCUAAUGCGUGCCUCACAGUUCCUGGCCAUCGAGGAGCUGACCAAACAAUGCUGGCGACUCGCCCACGAUGUGCUAAAGACCACAGAUCGUGUCCUGACCAUGUAUAUCGUAUCGCAGCGCGUGUGCGUCAACAUCGAGAAGAUCAUAACGCCCUAUGUGGGACGCGUUUGGAUGUCCUAUGCGGCCAGUCGGGAGUUUAUGAAUCUGGAGUUUAGCAAAGUGCGACGUCUGCUGCAAUUGGACAAUCUGUCGGUCAAUACGGAAAUGGAAGUGCUAUACACGGCCAUACUCUGGCUGGAUGGGGAUUGGCCGCUCCGGAAACGUUAUGCUGUGGAUCUGAUGCGUGUUAUACGGUUCGAUGUGAUGCCUUUUGUGUUCUUAAUCACCUUCGAUCGGCGCAAGGACGGCCCACCAGCGAUGAAGUACUUGAGGGAGACGCUCAAAGUGCGCAAAUUCAUAUUCGAUGGACUCGCCGAUCUACGCUUAAAACCGGACAGGCAUGUUGGUGGCAACGGAAGCUGUCCGCGCGACUGGAUCUACGAUCCGUCCUGUCCCUAUCAUCACGGCCACAUGUGCAACAUGGUGCGUUAUGCGACCUUCAACGAGUUCUCCAGCUACCUUCAAUGGGUGCAAAGAUCUGGCAAUUCGAACGGCAAUCGAAUCAAACGCUACACUGACAAUGACAUUGUCUGUUGUUAAGUCAAAUGGAUUUUUAAUGGAGAACACGACCAAAAUAUUUAAAGGAAUAUACUU